GAGACCCAAGUUUGCACUCUGCAGGCACUGAACCACUAUAAUGACUCUGGUCCCAGAUCUGCGUUUCACACACAGUGGACGGACUCAUCUUACAGAUCAAACUGGAGAAACACUGCAAGUGAAAGUGGAACGAAAACCUUUUCUUUUGGAUUUUUGCAGUGAUYUAUGUAACACGAGCCUAUCUCAUUCAACUGUGAAAAUAAGGUGGGUGUCAUGGCUCAGCUCAAAGUGUAGUGCCCCCCCUUACUGAAGCCCCAUCCACACGAGUGCCCCGUGCAUGAUGAGUGUGUGUGACGGCAGACCUUCAUACCUGCGGCGGUGGCUGCUGAUGCUUCUGAUGUUGCUGRCUGCUGUUCAGCUGUCAUGUGCUGAAUGCCCCAAAUCAUGUGUCUGUCAUGUUCCUACUGAAGUGCACUGCACCUUCAAAUACCUGACCACAGUACCUGACCACUUCUCACCAUCUGUGGAAAGAAUAAACCUUGGGUACAAUGGUAUAGUUUUCUUGAGAGAAACUGACCUUUCAGGGCUUGAGAGGUUGGAGCUGCUGAUGCUGCACAGCAACACUAUACACAGAAUAGAAGACAGAACCUUCAAAGACCUCAAGUCUUUACAGGUCUUAAAGAUGUCACACAACAGGAUAAAAGAAAUCCACAAGGAGACAUUUAAAGGUCUGGACAAUGUACUGAGACUCCACUUGGACCACAACCACAUUGAAUUUAUCAGCCCUGAGGCUUUCUACAGCUUAACCAAGUUGCAWCUGGUCCAUUUGGAGGGCAACCAGCUCCAGCAGCUCCACACAGACACAUUUGUCACACUGAGACACAGCCAGGUUUUUAAAGUGUCCUCGGUAAGAACCAUCCACUUGUCAGACAAUCUCCUGACCACGCURCCAGCAGAUAUUUUCUCAGGUUGCAGUCACUUGGAGAACCUUUUCCUCCACGGCAACCCUUGGAAGUGUGAUUGUCGUAUGAAGUGGUUCUCAGUGUGGGCUCAGAGGCACGCUGGUGUGCUAAAAUGCAAGCAAGACAGGAGAUAUCCAAGAGGCCAGCUGUGUCCUGUCUGUGAAAGUCCCGCCCCUUACAACAACAGAUCUGUGUCCCAGCUCCACGGUGAAGCCUUCACUUGUAGCAGACCCUGGAUCGAACCCCAUCUAAAGCAGAAAAACAUAAGUUUGGAGGAAGGAGACUUCACUCCGGUUUCUGCUAAGGAUUUUAUUGCCCCAUUAGGCUCUAUACAAAUGAACCUGACUGAUGAAUUUCACAACGAUGCCAGUYUAUCCUGCACUGUCCAGAGGCCCAGUGCUUUUGAAAACUUGACUCAAACCRUGGAGGAAGAAAACAACGUCACCAUGCUUAUCACAGGCAUAACUACAUACUUGGUAUGUAACACUGACUAUGACCACAUCCAACAGCUAUGGCAGAUCCUGGCCACCUACAGUGACUCUCCUAUGAGGCUGGAAAGAGGUUUAAUGCUGUCCAGAAUGCCUGAAUUGGUCUACAGAUACAGACAGAUAAAAGAUGGAGAGGAAGAAAUUACCACAAACAUUGAGGCUGAGAUUAAAGCCUCUCCUGCAUGGUUAAUGCAGGGGAAAGUGAGUCUCCAGCUUGACCGUACCACUAGUACCUAUUCAACUUUGCACAUUAAGUACCAGUCUCUAGUCAACCUGCAUGCUGAAAGCACUCCAUUUAAAAAGGAUCGCUACUCUUGGACCAUGAUCAAACGAGACAAUCAAACUAAGACAGAACACACWGUAAUUACAGGUGGUGUGGCACAGUUGAGCUGUCAAAUCCGGGGUGAGCCAAAGCCUCUAUURGAGUGGAUUUUACCAGAUGGAAGCAAGAUCCGAGCUCCUUAUUCCAGUSAGGACAGAAGGAUCAUAAUCUCUGCUGAAGGGAUGCUAACUCUUCGAGGUGCAGAUACUUCAGACACUGGCCUUUACUGGUGUAUUUCUACAAACUACCUGGAUGCAGAUAUUCUCGUAUUUCGAAUAACAGUUCUUUCUCCUGAUGUGGAGGAGUUUGAGGUUAACGGUCUCCRUCUCUCAAAGUCGAUUGGCGACAGCCUUGUAUUUGACUGCAGCUCCGUUGGGAGUCCUGAGGUCUUGAGUUCAUGGAUUCUCCCUGACCACUCAGUACUAGAGAAAUCUCAAGGGAAUAAGAAGRUUUUCAAAAAUGGGACACUGUUAAUUCAAGGGCUAACAGAAAGGGAYAGAGGAUUUUAUAGGUGUUUGGUUGCUAAUUACCUGGGAGUUGAUUUGCUUGUGUCUCAGGUGACCCUGUCUGACGAAAAGCUUGAYGAUACAACAGCUUUGGACACUGAGGGAUCGGGGAUGGUAACAGGGUUAAAGAUAGAUUCUAGCCUGGCAGAAGUCACAGUCAACUUAAAAGAAACCAGCUCCUUGAGUCCUGCUGAGGGAGCUAGUCAAGAAUCCAGGACUUUCACCUCUGAUCGCCCUUACCCAAGGCUGAGAUCACAGGGCAGGGAAAGUUCUCCAGGUAGACUGGGACAGAGAAGGAGGGGAGUAGUUCGCAACAGAAACAUCUGGAGUAGUAGAGUCUUUGAUAAAGCUUCCAGAAAAGUAGACCCACAGAAAUUUGCUGAAUAUGUGAAAAAAGCUAAGGAUGGUUCUAAAUUAAUGACUGUAAAUGAGAAGAUAAAACAWACAGUUAUUUCAGUUGAUAAUGAAGUUGGAUCUGGAGAAAUUCAUAGAGAAGAACAUUUUAUUGUUGUGCCAAAUGAUAACAGACUAACUACAGAAGGACAUACAAACACACCAACAGAAAUAUAUAUGCAGCCAGAUUCUACAUCAACAAAGCCUAUAUUCACACAAAUGCCAAGUCAUGUUGAAACAACAGAGCUUUAUGCACAUGGAAAAAACAGCAGGCUACCUCUAAAUGUGAAUCUAAUCACUCUAAAGCACACUACAACAGACACUGCACCAGAAACUCAACUCAGUUUUUCAGGAGAACAACCUACAGAAACUGAGACAUCAACAGGGUCAGCACUGUCUUUGGCAACAGACCCCAAUGUUACUCCAAUAAAUGAUAGUCCAGGCCCRGUGGAGUUCAUCAUCCACACAGACCCAGAAAGCCAGACUACAUUCACAGCAAUCACCACCACAGAGAAACAACAGGACAAGAUCACMUUCCACACUACCCAGACAAUAAAAUCUCUACAGCUUUCUGCAGGAUCCACCAUCAUUUCCCAACAGCAGAUCCGUAUAAUUCCACACAAGGGCAGCAAAGGAAAAGGCAACAGGAGGACCUUUAACGGUCGCAGAAGAAUUGUUAAACCCAACAGGAUCACUGACAUACAAUCUUUCAUCAAUCGAUUCAAACAGCCAACUUUAAAGAAUGCAGGAAACACCUCUGUGCCAGCUCCAAGUUACUCCACAACAGAUUGUGACUGUGAUGAAGAGAAAAAAAAGACAGUGACCACUAAGGAUCAACCCAUUACUMCACCAGUUUGCUCCAAUCCAUUUCCGAGUAAAACAGAGAGACCUGAGGUUUUAACAUCAGCUGAUGUUCCUGAAAUCAACCCUACAAUUGAUAAUUUAUUUAUUAUGAAAACAGCACUACCAAUUACAAGCACAACUAGGCCUACAACGAAGGCAUCAAAAGUAAUUCAUGGAAGAAUUCCAUGGAACAGGCUGUUUGGAAGAGGAGAAAGAGAAAGGAUACUGAGCAGGCUAAAAAGACCAUCCAUCCCACCCAAAACCUCAACUACACUUCAAACUACAUCAGUGACAACAACCCCUGCUGCUGUGUACACCACCAGCGUAGACUCACCAACCAUUCUUGAGACUCUGCCACCACUCAUACUCACACAAAGCAAAGAGAGCUCAGCAGAUGACAWCUUCAGUGGCUUAACAUCAUCAGACUUUGAGUUUACAACACAAGGUCCCAGCUUUCAUCCUAUAACUACCUCAAGAUCAUCUGAUUACGCCAGGUCAUCCACCACUACUGAAACACUACUACAAAUACCAUUUCUGCCUUCUCCACCYACUGUUGAACACCAUUCAGUUGAAAUCCCUGAUGAAACCUUAUCAUCAGGAUCUGAAAGAUUACCUGAUAGUUCAUUUGUAAUCAGACAAAGGCUUGAUGGGACAAGGCGACAACAAGGGCGAAGAAGGAGGCCUUUUCGUGGCAGGAGACCCUUCAGAAAACCUGAAUCCACAAAAGUUAAUUUUAGGACAACUGUAGCUUCCAUUGCAGAUAUUUCAACAAAGGAAAAUUURAUAGAGGAAACCACACAACCUCUGAAGUCUGUUUUUAACAAUCCCAUGUACACACCAUCUAAGAAAAAGGACAAAAACAGAAUACCUGUUUCUAUUGAUCAAACAUCAAAAGAAACUGACUUGUACAGUGAAUUUGACUGGUCAUCUAGUGGUUUAUUUGCAAAUAAACCAUUUAUUACCUCAUCAAAAUUUAACCCUACCACUACACUGGUGCCAGAAAUCACAAAAAAUUCCUAUACAACUGCUCAAACCAGAGUCCACRGCAAAAUUAAACCAGCAGUACAAGGCAACAAAAUUACUCAGAGAUCACCAGUGAGGAGAAUCACACCUACUGUGGAAAGUAAUAAUUCUGGAGACAGUGCAGAUAAAACCAUUCYCUUUUAUUCUAAGACCAUCUUUAUGGCAGAGAAAGGACAUGAUAUUGAUUCUCCRUACAGCAAAGAAAUUCACAAAACCAUUUCUUCUAUCGAUAAUCAUUUAAUUGGUUAUAAAGAUAACAGUCCUAGUACUGAUCAGUUAAAACCUGCUGCAAAACCCAUGCAAAGCAAGCCUCGAAUAAUUGGAGGAAAUGCAGCAAGCUUUACUGUUUUAUCUAACUCAGAUGCUUUCCUACCAUGUGAGGCUGUUGGGAACCCACAGCCAAUUAUAACCUGGAAGCGCUUCUCUUCAACCACAGGAGGCACAGUUUUGAUCAAGAAAACAAUAGGAAAGUUUGAAGUGUUAAGCAAUGGUACCUUGACCAUACAGAAUGCCAACAUUAAGGACCGUGGCCAGUAUCUCUGUCUUGCUGAAAAUUACUAUGGAUCAGAUAAACUUCUUGUCACCCUUUCGGUGGUGGMCUACCCUUCACGCAUCCUGGAGCCAAAACUGAGAGAGAUGAAGUCUUAUACAGGAAACAAAGUUGAGAUGGACUGUAAAGCUGAAGGCCGACCUAAGCCUAUGAUUUCUUGGAUCUUGGCUAACAGGACCCAACUUAGGGGGCAAAACACCGGGAGAGGGAGGGUUUCAGUAACCUCUGAGGGGACUCUGAUCAUUGAACAUGUGUCUGUUUAUGACAGGGGCUAUUACAAAUGUAUUGCCAAUAAUCCAGCAGGAGCUGAUACAGCUGCAGUACAACUGCAGGUAGUUGCAGCACCACCAGGGAUUGUUGAGGAAAAACGUCAACGGCUGAAAGUUAGUUGGAGCCAAACCUUGUGGCUGCCUUGCACAGGACAUGGCACCCCACAGCCAACUAUUUACUGGGUCCUACAUGAUGGAUCAGUCCUUCGACCUAACAAACGGGCCAGUGAAAAAAGGAUGUCUGUGUAUGAGAAUGGCACACUGUUAAUGAAACAUGUGACUUCAGCAGAAAAUGGGAAAUAUGAAUGUAUUGCUACCAGCAAUACUGGUUCAGAGCGAAGGGUGGUGACGUUAACUGUUGAAAGACAGGAGGCUCCACCCCAAAUAGUAGAGACAUCGCAAACCAUGACAGAGUUGUCCUAUGGGGAUCAGUUAAGACUUAACUGUUUGGCAACAGGAGACCCUGAGCCGAGGAUCAUCUGGAAGCUACCAUCUAAAGCUGUUGUUGACCAAGGUCAUAGGUUGAAUAGCAGAAUUCAAGUCUUGGAUAAUGGCACUCUUGCUGUUAACCCAGUAAGCGAUAAAGAUGCUGGAGACUAUAUCUGUGUAGCCCGAAGCACAGUUGGAGAUGAUCUACAGCUCAUGAGGGUUGCAGUAUCAAUGAAGCCAGCUAAAAUAGAUUCUAAGCUCAUUAGGAAGAAGCAAAUACCCUUUGGCAAUGACUUGAACGUGGACUGUAAAGUCUCAGGGACACCAAAACCAAAGAUCUCCUGGGGUCUACCAGAUGGUACAGUGGUCAAUAGUGCUCUGCAGUCUGAUGCCGGCCUAGGAGGAGGACGAACACGUCGCUAUACCCUGUUUGACAAUGGGACUCUUUAUCUAAACCAGGUUGGCAUAUCUGAAGAAGGAGACUACACCUGUUAUGCUGAGAACCAGGUUGGAAAAGAUGAGAUGCAUGUACAUAUCACCGUGGUGACAAGUGCCCCAAAGAUACAUUCUCCAAGCCAGGCCUAUGCCAAGGUUAAACCUGGAGGAAAUAUUCGCUUUGACUGUGAAGCGUUUGGAGAGCCAAAACCCAAAAUCCUGUGGAGACUUUCUAACAAUGACGUAAUAGUAGCAUCAAAUGAACGCUACUUAUUCCAUGUCAAUGGUUCUUUGGAUAUCAGGAAUGUAAAGGCAACUGAUGCAGGAGAGUAUGUUUGUAUGGCUCGCAAUCCUGGUGGCGAAAACCAAAACGUUUAUAGGUUGGACAUUGAGGAAAACCCACCAAUCAUCAAUGGCUACAGAUGGAACAGGACUGUAAUUAAAGAUGUAGCAAAGAAAUACUCCAGGAAACUUAUCGACUGCAAGGCUGAGGGGGAUCCCACUCCAACUGUCACUUGGAUUAUGCCUGAUAAUAUAUUUCUGACAGCACCAUACUUUGGCAGCAGGAUUAACGUUCACAAUAAUGGGACACUAGAGAUACAUAAUGUGCGGCCUACAGAUACAGCAGAGUUCAUUUGCUUGGCAAGAAAUGAUGGAGGCGAGGCUGUAAUGAUUGUGCAAUUGGAGGUUACUAAUAUGCUUCAAAGGCCAAUCUUCAAGAACCCUUUUAAUGAACGCAUUGUGUCUGGGAUUGGGAAAACCACAGUUCUGAAUUGUUCUGCUGAUGGAUAUCCAAUACCAGAGAUUAUUUUGAUUUUGCCAAAUGGAACAAGGAUCGUCAGUGGAUCCAGACUUGACUCUCGCCAUGAACUACGUAAGGAUGGGACUUUUAUCAUCUUCAACUCUCAUGAAGAAGAUUCUGGGAAAUAUCGUUGUGGGGCCAAAAAUUCCCAGGGCUAUAUAGAGAAGCUAAUAAUUUUAAAUAUUGGGCAGAAACCCUACAUUCUUACAAGGCCYAAAGGCAUUAUACGUGGCAUGUUGGGGGAACCUCUGUUUCUUCAUUGUUUAUCUGAUGGGAGUCCUAGACCCAGAAUCUACUGGACUGUUCCUGCUGGUCAUACCCUUACUCAUCCUCAAAAACUUGGCCAGUAUCAUCUGCUAGAAAACGGCACUCUAGUUGUGCAGGAAGUUACUCUUCAUGACAGAGGAAACUACAACUGCAGGGCUCGUAACAGUGUCGGGGAGGCAUCCCUCACWGUCCCUGUUAUUGUUAUUGCUAAUUCUCCAAGAAUCACUACAGGGCCACCUCCUAGUGUGAGGACAAUGAUGGGGACACCGAUUAAGCUCAGCUGUGCUGCCACUGGGAUCCCAAAGCCAGAAAUCUCCUGGGAGCUUCCAGAUCAUUCAGUUUUGUCAGCAGCAGAGCGGGGACGGCGUAAGGGAAGUGAGUUGCUUCACCCUCAGGGCACACUCAUCAUCCAAAGGCCCACAGCUUCUGAUUCUGGCAGAUAUACGUGUUUAGCCAAGAAUCUCUUAGGAACAGACUCAAAGGUUACAUUUGUGCUUGUGCUKUGAGACAGAUGUCAACAUUAACUGAAAUGUAGGCACCAUUCUUCCUUCUGAUGCCAUCCARUAUGGAUUUGGGACCAUUAAAGUGUGAGAGUACUGAGUGUAAAAAGGUGAUGAAGAUGAUUAAAAAAAUACUGUGAAUCCCAACUAAGGGCAACAAAACUCUGGUUAUAAGAUGAUGUARACUAGUGUAUUUUUGUGACCAGACAUAACAUGCACAAAUAUAGAAGAAACUAUGUAAAGGACUGGAGAAAAAUACUUAAGGUUUUACAGUUUUAUUGCCUGUAGACAUGCUAUUGCAGUCAUAAGACGUUACAUUGGCACUGAAAGAUAAAUUGAAAUGAUAAUAGAUAAAAACAAAAACCAUUCAAUGGCAUUUACAGGAUUUUACACAAAAACCAUUAGGCUCGUCUUACACGAGAGACGUACAUGCUUGGAUUUUCAUUACCACUUUUUCAUACCCAAAUCAGAUCCUUUAGGAAAUGCUUUGUGUAUUUUUCAGAUUUACAGUAAUAAAAAUAAUACAAAAACUCUGAACUUACAAUAAAUUUAUUGUGUUACACACAAAAACUCUAGUACUGUAUUAUCCUGAUUUGCGUAUAAAUACACAUGAAACAUAAUUACAUAAAUUUAUUUUUAUUUUAUUUAACAUUUAUUUCACCAGGCGAAUCAUUAAGAACAGUUGCUUAUUUACAUUGUUGGCCUGAGAGUGAAAAAACAAUUAAAAACACUUAAAAACACUUCAAAACACAAUGGGGAAAGGGCAACAACAUUAACAGUACAUUCAACAUAUCAAGUAAGCAGUGCAUUCAUCUUUUAAAACAGUUACAUGACUCCUGAGAAAAGGUCUUUUAGUAUGUGUUUAAAAGCAGGAAUAGAAAUCAAUGUGCCAAAAUGCAGUGCAUUUUGAUAAAAGUUCCAAUCAUUUACUGCAGCAAAGUGGAAAGAAAUUAGGCCAAACAAAGACUUGGUUUUUGGAAUUUUCAGUCUAAUAAGUUGGGAAGAAUGAGUAUUGUACCUUGAGGGGGGUUCUUGUUGUAGUAAAUUAUUUAAUAAGGGAGGUGAAAGACCUAGCAGGGUUUUGUAAAUGAACAAAAGCCAAUGGGCAUUACGGCGAGACUGCAAGGAAAGCCAAUUAACUUGAAAGUAUAAAAGACAGUGGUGAGUUUUAUAUGGAGCAUUAGUAACAAAUUGAAUGGUGAAAUGGUAGGUUGAAUCCAUUUUUUGAAGACUUCCCUUUCAAGCAUGGCAAUAAAUUGUGUGUCACCAUAAUCAAACAAAGGAAGAAUAGACAUUUCAACAAUUAGCUUUUUGGUUGAAGAYGUAAAAGAUGAGCGGUUUCUGUACAGGAAGCCGWGUUUUGAUUUGACAUUUGUAGCGUAGAAAUAUGGUGACGGAAGGACAAAGRACUGUCUAACCAGAUUCCCAAGUAUUUGUACUCUUUAACUUGCUCAAGGAUUGUUCCAUUUGUUGUAGUGAAGAYCAUUUUGGGAGUAAUUACAUUUUUCUUACAGUUAAACAAUAAAACAUAAAGAUGAUGCACUUUUACUAUUUUUACUGAUUGCAUAAAUAGGUAUUUCAAAACAACUUUACACACAGCUACAACUGAGUUUAAAAACUGCCAAAAUAAGUCAUUUUCAUUAUCCAGUAGUUCACCUCAAGGGGAAGUUUGUCUCUGGCUAAAGCUGACAUUUUCCAAACAGAGUUUUACAUUCCACCUGUAAAAACAGACAGUYACUCAAUUCUCCAGCCACCAGGACCCACAAAAUAGAUUUUGAUUCCUGUUGGUGAUUUUGUGCUGCUUUUAUUGUCCCACUUUCAAGAUGUCUAUAUGUUGCCUUCAGAGGAACAACCAGACAACAGUAUCAAGUUGUUGAUUUACCAUUGUGACUUCAUGGAAAACAAGCAACAACAUAGAAAAAAAUAUAGUUCAGACUAUUAGGUUUAAAUGCACUGCUAUGCAAAAAUUGUAAUGUUUUUUAAAUUYGUUGGUAGAAUUACAACAUUGUUACAUUUUUUAAGUCACUCCAUUGUGAUUAACAAUGAGCCACCGUGUACAGUCAAUAAAUAGAACAUAUUUAUUUGCAGCAACAGAUGCAUUUUAUUUAAGACUAGAAGUUUUGUCAAUUUAGUCAAUUUUUGUGUAUGUGUAUGUUGUUCCAAUGAACCAUUCAUUUUUCAGACCUCAAGAAAAACAUUUUUCCCAAAGUUUUGAGCCAUUCUUGAGCAGUGUGAAAUGAGCUAGACAAAUAUGGGGACAUWGGGAAUUGCCUUCCAUAAAUGUUGGAAUGCAGGCAACGUACUUCAUGAUUUGCAAGUAAGUGUAGAAAGUGCUUUCAUAUGUGUGCUGAACAAUAAUCAAACACAAAUCAAAGUAAUCGCAAUACAUCGUGCGCUCUUUACAUCACAAAAAAAGACAGUUUAUCACUCCCACUAYGCCAGCGGUGAACAUACUGAGACUAUUUUUACAUUUAUGGUUUURUGGUUUCAUGUUUUGAAAGUGAUAGAGGUCUCUUUGCAUCGAUGYGAGUAUUUUAACCAUACAUAGUUCCCAAUAGCAUUUUUACAUCUAAAUGUUUAAAGUCAAUGUGAAAAGUAGCUGACUGAAUUAGAAGUUCUAGUGAAAGAAGAAGUGUUUUUUUUUGUUUGUUUGUUUGUUUUUUAGGGCAGAUGUUUUCCUUCUGAACUCAGUUUCUUGUAAGCUCUGGAAAUUAGACAUGUGAAAAGAAAGAGUUGCACUACCAUUCUCAUGUAAAUAAAAUAAACAGAAAAUUCAUGA